AUUAUUGCAAGUAAACCACUAUAGAUCAUGUAUGUGUAGUUUAAAAAGUACACUGACUGAAUACUUAUCCAGGCUAAAGUGAAUAUUUUAAGUUUACAUUAUAUAAAACAGUAAACUUUAAUUAUACCCCCUCACUUUCAGUAUAGACUAAGAACACCUAAAUUGGGUUUUUAUAGCCAAAAACAGCUGAAAAAUAAUAAAUUGUAUAGCUAGUUUUUGUUAAAUUCCACCAUAAUGAUAUAGUAGUUAUGUCUAAGUCCUAAAGAUGAUAUUUUCCCGUUAAAAAUCAAAUUCUAGUUGAUGCAAAGUAUUUUUAAUACCUGUCUAGAUAACUUUAAAAACAAAAGAAAAAAAUCAGUAAAGUUAAUAUUUAUUGUUGCAAUUAGAAUUAUUCACAAAAGGGAAACACAAAACACUUACAAAUUUUUAAAUAAUUGAAAGUUAUUAAAUUCUUGUGGUGGAAUGAGGUCUUCGGGCAGGAAUAAUUGAAAAUAUUAGAAAAAAAAGGUUGCAUACGUCAAUAUCCAGAACCGGAAGUUCCCAACGAGAACCGGAAGUCUCCCCAAAUCGCAUGAAAAAUACUUUUUUUUUUUAAUAUUACGAACCGAAAGUAGCAGUUUUCCUGUUUUGUACCUAGUGAAAAGAUUCUUCUUCAAUUUUAAGAUGAAACAGUUUUUUAUUUUCAUCGACUGAAAUGCUGUGUGGUGCAUUCUGGGAAUUGGAGUUAAGUCAGGACUGAUAUAACUGUUACACAAGAUUCAUUCCGGUUUGAUGAACAGCUGUUUGACCAUUUGAAGUAGUUUUUGCUGAAAAUACAGAAUAAUUAAAGCAGAAAUAAAUCACCAAAUGAUGAAAAAAGCGGCGUCAGCAUCUGAGGAGAAGAUCGACUGGGGCGGGAGAGCAGCCGAGGGGAACUUCAGGAGAACCUUGAUGAAGAACGUACACGAAGGUCUUCCCCAGCCCCUUAAAGAACCGUCUAAAUGCUCCAUGAUCAGAGGGGACUAUGUCUACUUUCACUACGGCUGUGAUGGUCAGGACGACCGAGGAUGGGGCUGCGGGUAUCGAACUGUCCAGACCAUGUCCUCCUGGAUCUGCUGCAACUUUGGGGGCGCUGAACGUAAAGCCGUCCCAAGCCUACCGGAGAUCCAGCAAACCUUGGUGACCGUGGGGGACAAGCCCGGCUCCUUUGCAGGCUCCCGGGAGUGGAUAGGAACCGUCGAGGGCUCCCUGGUGCUGGACCUCCUCUACGAGGUCCCCUCCAAGCUGGUCCACAUUCGAGGAGGAGCGGAGCUGGAGAGCGUCGCCGUCCAGGAGCUCCACCGACACUUUGAGAAGCACGGGUCUCCUGCCAUGAUGGGGGGGGACAGGGACAACUCCUCCAAGGGGAUUCUAGGGGUGUGCAGUGGGGAGGGCGGGAGCCACCUGCUGGUCCUGGACCCCCACUAUUAUGGGAGUCACCUGGAGAAGGAGGAUCUUCAGGGGGGAGGGUGGGUGUCCUGGAAGAGAGUGUCGUCUUUAGAUCAGACCUCCUUCUAUAAUCUGUGUUUGCCACAAACUGCCAAAAAGACGCCAUAACACAUCAGCUCCUCGAUGAGCUGUGGCGCCACCGUGUGGUUAAAGCUGGGAGGCAUUUGUGUUUAUACGCUUGUACUAAAGUAGCACUCAAAAUGUAUUCAUCUAAAUGUUUAUAUUCAAAUUCUGACUUUUAUUUAGAUACAAAUGAAAGUAAUUCCCAACGACUGUGAAUCAGGGCCCCCUAGAGGAGGCUUGGUGCUAUAACAAUGGAGGACAUAUAAAGAAAAUUAAGACUAAAAUUGUAUUUUGGAGAAUUUCUGUAUUUAAAUUGUUAUAAAUCAAAAAUGGCAAUUGUAGUUGUGACAUCACAAAUACAUUGGUCGGGUCACAGGCCCUAUGCCCCGCCCCAUUCUGCUGCAUAAACUUGUAGACGACUAGAUCCAUGUACAUUUGGCUCAGAACUGUUUUGGAUAUCGCUCCCCAUUUUUGAUGCACCGCUAAUGUUAUGUUGAGGGUGUGGUGGGCUGUAAUAUAGCAGGAGAACAUGUAAACAGAGAGCUCUCAGAAUCUGGGAGAAAAGGGUGAUAGGGUUGCUCCACAUCAACGGUCACAACUCAGGAGUGAAUUUCUGAAAAACCCCUGCCGUUCUGCAGAAAAUAUGUCCUAGUAAAGGACAUUUUUUUUAAAAUAUAUUAUUUUGGCUACAAACACUAAAAAAAUAUGUAUACAAAUUGUUAAUUCAAUGAAUAAUCUGUGGCCACAAGUUAGAAGGAAUUGAAGAAACUUAAAAUAAUAAUUUGUGCCCAAAAAAAAUAUUUUUUGCCAACAAAAUAUUUAAAAAUGCCGAUUUGUCACCACAAAAUUCAAAAUUUUGAUCACAUAAUACUAAAUUGGGACCACAAAAUACAUACUUUAAUCCCACAAAAUAUUAAUUAAAAUGCCAAUUUGUCACCAUAAAACACUAUAUUGCGACUAAAAAUGAGUUUGUGUGCUCGAAAAGCUAACAUGUCCAUUAGUGGCAAGGAAAUGCAUUUUUUUGUGUCCUUUUGUGACCACAAAAUACUAAUUUGUUCCUAUUAAACUAUUAAAAUGCCAAGUUGUUGCCACAAAAUUCUAAAUUGUGACCACUAAAUAUGGACCACAAAAGGCUUAUUUAAGCCCACAUUAUGUUAAUAUGUCAAUUUGUAAACACAAUAUACUAAUUUGUGCCCAAAACAUAUUAACAAAAUGCCAAUUUGUCUCCACAAAAUACUAAAUUGGGACUACAAAAUGCAAAUUUGAGCCCACAAAAUGGCAAUAUGUCAAUUUGCGACUACUGAAUACUAAUUAAUGUCCACAAAGUGCCAAUUUGUCAUCGCUAAAUACUACGUUUUCGUCAGAACAUUUUAUUUUGAGCCACCAAAGUGCUAAUAUGUCAAUUUGUGGCCACAAAAUGCGAUUUUUUUUUUUUUAAUCAAAAAUACCAAUAUAAUUACAAUUUGGGUCCAUGAAUUACUGAUUUGCACAUACAUUUUAGCUAUUUGUGGUCACAAGUGAUCAAUUUGAUGGAGGCAAUCUUUUUUUUUUAUGGCAUGUCCAGGGCUCCAUACAAUUGAGAUAAAAUUGCUUUAUAUCUAAAACAGAUAUUGAAUUGAAUUGAACUUUAUUGAUUUCACAAGGAUAAAUUCAUUUGUUAUGGCACCACAGAAGGCUAAAUAAAUAAAUAAAAAUUAAAAAAAGGCCAAAUAUAUAUCAUAGCUAAAAGACCUCUGGGAAAACUGUUAAAUUAGAUCAAAAGAUGAUUGGAGUGAGCUUUGAGAAGUUCGCCAAUGUAUUAUUGACACUGACUCGUUCAUCAGGACUAAGAGAAUCCAGUAUUUUUCCAAAAUUAAAUUUAAAUCAGAAUCAGAUUAUAAAUAAAACUGAAAAGAAUGUAGGUUGCGUUUAUUUUUUCUCUGCAGGCCAGACAUUCAAGUUGAAUUCUGACCAAUGAUUCUGACUAUGAAAUUCCCAACAUCUGUGAGUUAGGGCCCCCUACAGGCAGCUUGGAGCUGUUACAAGUUAGAAAUAAAUACUGUUUUAUUA